AUGACCGCGAAUUCAGAAAUUAGUAAACAAUCAUUAUCUCGCGCACCUGCGAAAGAAACGCCCUACAUACAACCUUCGGACAACAGAUUCGUUGAAAUAUCGCUCGGGUCAACUCGACGAAAAAAGGGGCGCGGUAAUCCAAGACUUAGAGAAUAUGGUGCCGGAAACGCCAUAGACAUCUUAGCCAUCGUCGAACAGCUGCGAAAGUCCGGGGCCAUAGUUAGAGAAGGAUGGGGCGAAAUUUCCAUCGACCCGAAGGCCGAGCGUCGCCAUGAAGACAUUGUAUUCGCGCAACUCGCCGGGCAAUCCUCGAUGCUUACGAAGCCGGACAAUCUCUGGGUGUCGAUGAAAGAUGCUGAAAACAUCAAGAAGGAUCCAAGUUGUUUCUACACCUGGUAUAAUGUCGCAGGCCCAGCAGAAGACGAGAAGCGAGAUGAAAGGUUCAGAGAACAUCAUAGCAAGGAUAGGGAAUUGAGACUCUGGUUUGUUCUCACUACAAAGCCAUGCGAUUUUCUAAAGGACCAUGCCCGACUCGUCCAUCUUUUUAUUUCAUUUGUGUUCUCAUCUCGCACAGAUUUCGGCUGGGAUCCGACUAUCACUUGUACAGAUCCUGCGUUCAACCCGUCUAAUCCGCGCAAGAGACGUGUAUAUUCAAUCGAAGUCCGCAAUGACCAGGGCGAAGUGCGAUGGUUCGAAACUAUCCGGAUUCUCGCAGAUUAUGCUGCUGAUAGCACUGUGAGUAGCGCCACGCGGGUCUGGUUAGUCCGAGACGAACAAGGUGUACAAUAUGUUCUCAAGGAUGUUUGGCUUCACAUGGAUCGACUUCCAGAGCACGAAAUACGUGCACAGAUACUGGCCGACGUUUUCAAAUAUGGUGGUGCUCCAGAUCAAGCUACGCUCAAGAGGCAUCUCUUGACUCCCUAUGUCUGCGGCAAGGUUUUCGUUAACGAUGGUGUCGACACUACCGAUGGGAUGAUGUAUCAAGAACUGCCCGCCAUAUCUUCUGAUUCAAUCUUUACUUUGAAACUGGGGAAGAUCAGCAACCCCCUCCGUCAAAGCCGUGACCCGGCCUCUGCCUCGGAGACUCAUUCCGGAUCUCUCAGAGAGAUUACUACAAGUCGCAAAUCCCAAAUGAGGAAAUCCGCAAUACAAACGCCCAGAUUGCCUUCGUGGCGUGGAAGUUUAAUGAAGACUCCUGGCCAGAUAACGAUCGAGGAGCUUGGUCUUUCACCAUCGCUUGCACCUGCAGUCCGCACCAUUUCUCACAUGGCUUAUAACUUUUCUCGCGCAUUUACCAGCGCAGAAGCAUCUGUUGCUCCAUCUCGCUUGACCUUGGGCCCUGUAUAACUUUAUCUCUAUCAUUGUGCUGCAAAUAAAUCCUACUCUUGGUACAUACUUUAACAUCUUCGCCACUUAUACUCUCUAUAAUCCGUACUCCUCUCCCUACCUAUAAUAUAAUUGUACGUGACAUGUAGUCGGCAGUAUGAGUAGAUGUGGCUAAUUUCACUAAUGACUCGAGGAGAUACGACUUGCCACUACCUUUUCAGCUUAUAUGCAUUUUUAAAAAUUAAGACUGUUGGGCUAGAUAGGUCGGGACUGAUUGUUUGACUAUCAUGUCAUUUUUCGUUUCAUCUUGAUACGCCCAU